AUGCGUGGCGGUGGCUUUGGUCGCUACGGGUACGAGAAGCCACAGCCAGGUCUGCAGUUUCAUUCGUACGAGGAUGCCACCUACCCACCCCGUGCCUACCGCUAUCACAUCCAGCAAGCCAUAUCUUCAUCUGCGGCCCCCCGAUCGGCUGGAAACAGCAGCGGUGGCGGCGCUAGUGCAAACUCCACGUAUUGUGCAGAUGCGCAGAUGGAAACAGCUAUUGUACUCCCGACCAUCGAUGCGGAUGCCACGUGCGGCCCCUUCGUCAGGUCUGGACACUCCGGCGGCAGCUCGACAAUGUCAGCAGCGUCUUCAUCGAUUGGGUAUGUAAGGGGGUCAGCGUCGUCGGUGGCAUCAACCAGCACAGAAGGUGGAUUCGGCACAGGGGCCGGCGGCGGCGCGGAUACGGAACGGCGCCCACCGCCGCGGCUGCGGUACUUCUUCGAAUGUUUCGUUCCAGACGAGAACGCCAGUGAUGUGCAGUCCUUGUGCGAAGUGUGGCGGCACAUGGAGCCGCUCAACCCCUUCCACUACCGUGAGUUGUGGUGUGGUAUCGACGCCGUCGAUGUCACCUCCCCAACACCUGCCAACCCGGUGUCGAUGAAGGCAGAGCCGCCUCUCGGAUGCGACGCUUUUGCCGAUGGCGACCGCGUCACCGACGGUAGUGCCUCGAAGAUGGACGACAGUGCGGUGAAGAAAGAGGCGCAGGAUGAGGCGCAGCUAUGUUCGCCCGAGCGGGCUGCUAGUGGUGCUCUUGCGACUCGUGUAGCCCAAAAUGCACUCCACCGUACGCUGCGCGCCAUAGGGCUACCGGACGAGCUCAGCUCCAUGGUGCUACUGUCAGCCCGCAUCGCUUCCGGCGCGCGUCUUACGCGCAAGCAAGAGAAGAUACUUAGACUGCGGGCACAGCGCCGACCUGCCCCUCCACGACCAAUCCGCCGCGGUGCGAAGGUGUUUGUGCCUACCUCUGCCGUAAUCGGUGGUGCAGGGGAAAAUGGGAUGCCUGCAGGGAGCGGGAGCGCCGGAGGUGGUGGCGGUCUCCUUGAUGUAACAGCACUGGGACCGCGCGCGAUGCGUCUGGCUCCCACUGGCUUCACUGACGCAGCGGUCGGUGUCGGCAGCGCAGGGUACUCCAAGGCUCCCUCCGUGGUGCCAGUAAUUGGCGAGUUCGCCUUUGAUGAUGACGACGAGGACGAGAAAAACUUCCAUAGUAGUGGCCGCAGUCGUCAUGCCGGUAUAAAGCGCGGCCGCUAUGGGGUGGAGGAUGAUGGGCUGGACAACAGGGAUCUUCCACUGAUCGCCUCUGGUCGCUGGGGUCUAGAUGGUGAGACCAGUGGCGAUGUGGGUGGCUCAACGGGUGCCGCUACCGCUGCUGGCGCGGCAGGUGGUACUGUGAUGGCGCAAGGAGACGAGUUGGAGGACAACGACGAAGAGGAUAUUCUCUCCACCGGCAUGGUCGACGACGAUGACGACGAGAAUAUGGGGAGCGAAGACGACGUGCAAGAGGACGGGGAGAGCUUUGGCGGUGGUGACGACGAUGAUAACUUUUAA